CGUGAAUUCAAGUGCACGUCUUGGCCAUGCAGCUUCCUUGACAGAUCUGCAGACACCAAACCGCAGGCUGAUCAGUUGUCGACAUCCCAUCGACUUGUUCUUGCCCACCAACGACUCGAAAUACUCCUCGAUUGCGCUGAUCACUUGUCACACCUCAUCCGCUUUAUCAUUCAACUUCUAUCGUGUCGAAAAUGCCUCUCUGUGUCCCCAGACCUUGAUCUUGAAAACCGCCAAACUUGCCUCCAUCUUGCACAUUUAGCCACACCUGGGCCGCCACUUGACCACCAGCGACCCUGACCAUGGCUUCUCGACCAGACCAAUCUCCUUCGCCUCCUCAAGAUCUUUCUGGAUCUCAGUUGACGAUUCCCUCCGAUUCAGAACCAUAUUCCUCGCUGUCACCGCCUUCAUCGUCUCCUCCACAAUCUUCGGACAACAAUGGAGGGCAGCCUGUGGUCAUAUAUCAACCUCCUACGGUCUGGGGUAUUCUGAGAGGAGCUGCAAUUAAUCUGCUGCUUCCGUUUGUCAAUGGCAUGAUGUUGGGCUUCGGAGAGUUGUUAGCCCAUGAGUUUGCAUUCCGUCUGGGGUGGAGAGAAACAAAUGUUUGGCCACGUCAUCGAAACGCGCACUCGAUUGGUCCGGGAGUUGAAGUGAGAGACGACCCGGUGGAGCGAAGACGAAGAAAUCGAGGGUCGUUGGACAAAGAUGUCAACGAUGCUGCGUCUCUAGAGUAAAAGAAAAAGGACGUCGUAUACGGCGAUUCAUUCCCAUUCUCAAGAAAAUAAUUUGCACGUCGAGCAAAAGGCAUUUCCUGGUCAUGUACAUAUAACGACAGCACAAAGAUUGAGCGACUCUCCUGACCAGUGUUGUUCGAAGGUAAAAAGCACUCGGGUGGAAGGAGCCCUCAGUCAGGUAACCAACAAUCGAGGUAACUACCUACAGUCUCUCUGGCCAUUCUCCCGUUCUGACUGAGGCAA